AUGGACCUCACAGCAGUAAAUCACCAAAUACCUCUAAGUGAUGGAAACAGCAUUCCUAUCAUUGGGCUUGGUACUUACUCAGAGCCUAAAUCGACCUCUAAGGGGAGCUGUAAGACAUCAGUUAAGGCGGCCAUUGAUGUUGGGUACCGGCACAUUGAUGGGGCCUACGUCUACCGGAAUGAGGACGAAGUGGGGGAGGCUAUCAGAGAGAAGAUAGCAGAAGGAAGGGUGAAGAGACAGGAUAUUUUCUACUGCGGAAAGCUGUGGCCUACGCAUUUUGAACCAGAGAGGGUCCGCCCAUACCUGGAGAAGACACUCAAGACCCUCCAGCUAGAUUAUGUUGAUCUUUACAUCAUUGAAAUGCCCAUGGCUUUUAAGCCUGGAGAUGAAUUCUAUCCUAGAGAUAAGUAUGGCAAUUGGUUAUAUCACAACACAAAUUUGUGUGCCACUUGGGAGGCUUUGGAAGCUUGCAAAGAUGCUGGCUUGGUAAAAUCUCUUGGCGUAUCCAAUUUUAACCGCAGACAGCUGGAGCUAAUAUUAAACAAACCAGGACUCAAAUAUAAGCCAGUCUCCAACCAGGUGGAGUGCCAUCCAUAUUUCACCCAGAGGAAACUCCUAGAAUUUUGCCAGAAACAUGACAUUGUCAUUGUCGCAUAUAGCCCUUUGGGGACCUCUAGGAACCCAUUGUGGGUGAAUGUAUCUUUGCCACCUUUGUUAAAUGAUGAACUUCUAACCUCAUUGGGGAAAAAGUAUAAUAAGACUGCAGCUCAGGUUGCUUUACGUUUCAACAUCCAGCGAGGGAUAGUUGUUAUUCCUAAAAGCUUUAACCCUGAAAGGAUCAAAGAAAACUUUCAGGUCUUUGACUUUUCUCUUACUGAAGAAGAAAUGAAGAGCAUCGAAGCCUUGAAUAAAAAUGUCCGCUUAGUGGAUCUGCUCUUGUGGUCUGAUCAUCCCGAAUAUCCAUUCCAUGAAGAAUACUGA